CUUCUGUAACAGGGAAAUUGUGUACGCAUGCGCACGAAGAAUUAAGAAAUUUCGGAGGUUCGUAUACAUAGGAAAUUUCGACGAACACAGCUUCGGAUCUUGACAAUGGCGCUGAUAGUCGAGGUCCUUGUGAUACUGACGUGCAUCCUACCGCAGCCGUCCCGAGGAUUCGGGAUGGGCCCUCCCCUGGGUGCUUGUGUGGAUAUGUGGCCAAAGGAUCAUGGUGCUGACGCCCAGACGUCUGAUCCGCCCUACACUAUCACCGUCAGUAAGAACACGUACUCCCCAGGGGAAACCCUAACAGUCGUGGUGAACACAACUAUAAACAAAGAAAUCCAGUUUUUCGAAGGUCUGUUGGUACAGGCGAGGCGAGCCAACUGUUUUCACCAACAGUAUGAAGAGGCGGUCGGAUCGUUUGGCCUACAAGCAGGGGAGACCUUCCUUGGUCUACUUGACUGCCAAGGAGGACGAAAUAGCGCUGUUGGACACAUUGCACAUGAGCAUAUCGUAGACAGAACCUUUACGUGGACGGCUCCAGCUAAUUCUGUUGGUCAUAUCUACUUCCGGGCCACAGUUGCUAGGCGCCAGAAAACAUUCUGGACACAAGUGACAUCAAACUUCGUUCGGGACGCCUCGGAAUCAUCGUCUCCGAAAGUCUGUCCGAUACAAACACGACGGAGCGUUGACGCGUGUACCAACUCGGCGAUGCACUGGAAUCUUUCACGUUGUUUACUCCUUCUCGUAAUCAUGGUCUCGGCGUCCAAGUUUUGGAACUAGCUCCAGGAUAACUUGCCCGUACUGACUGGAUGCAAAGAAGAAACCUUUUCUUAUGAUGAAUAAUUGUAAGGUUGUGACAGUAUUUUAUUUUCUAAACCACCUUGUGAUAUUGAUACAUAUAAUGAACAAUUUAAGAUAUAUUUCCAAAGAUAAGAACUUUUUAAAGUCUAUUUACUUAAAUCCUUGGCCAUGUAUACCGCGACCAACAUACUAUUAUUAUGUUACACAACAGGUUGAUUGUAAUUAUUUUAUUUAACUUAAAAUAAUAGUUUAACAACCCAUCACUGGUGCCGUAACAUCGAUUUUCCUUUGGGAUUUUUCCAGGGGCGAAAAUUUGUUUGGAAAUAUGUAGUUUUUGUGAACGACUAUUUAAGAUAUCAAUGAAAUCAUAUCAGUUAAAUGUUACAGAGUGUCGUUGCAGUUCAUACCAAGAAUUGUAUAUAGCUUAAAACAUCCAUACUACCAUGGUCGCACAAUAAUCUAGUUCAUUCUGUUUUUGGUUAUUUUCACCGAUAAGAAUGAUGUGAACACAUUCUUGGUAGGCCUUAUUUCAUUUUAAAUAUUAAUAUUAAUUGUUUCGCAUUAUUGCAUUUACUUUUAUUUCAAAACAGAGUGUUUCUUUUUUCAGAAGUAUUUUCUGGUAUGUAUAGUACGUGGAGGAAUGCUUAGAAUUUUCGAAAAUUAAAUAUAGCAUUAUCUUUUCCGUUUGUCAAAUACAUGAUAAUAUAUUUCUUAAUGAGAAUAGCAAAGUUAACUGUCAAAGCAGAUAACAUUAUAAACAUUAAAAUGAUGUUUGUAUCGCAAAAAUAAAAGGAAUCCUUUUCAAGGAGAUCGAGAUGUCGACCAUAGACUUGUCUAUGGACUUCAUCAACUAGCGUCCCUCGAAAUUCUUUGUUGCAUUUGUCUGUCAGAAUAUUUGAAACAUACAUCUGUAUAUAUUGACAUAAUCAUUUCAUUUUUUAUUGUUCAGUAUUUAGGUUAUAAAAAAAAUAAUAACCUGCAUAUAUAUAUAGAUAUGAUAGACCGUACAUGAUAGGUAGGUAUGUACAACAAGAUAAAAUCGUAUAAACAUUCAUUGGGUUGUUGACGCAUUGAGUGAAAACAAAUAAACAGGGAAAUUGA